UUUUCUGCAUAAAUUAUUUUCUCAUCUGUCUCGGGAAACAAUUCAGAAAAACAUUUCUUUCUCCGGACACAAAGCAUAUUCCAUUUUUCAAAUUUUCCCGGGAAAAAAUGAGAGAGAUCCUUCACAUACAAGGCGGACAAUGCGGGAACCAAAUCGGAGCCAAGUUCUGGGAGGUGAUCUGCAACGAGCACGGCAUCGAUCCGUCGGGAAAGUACGACGGCGACUCCGAUCUUCAGCUGGAGCGGAUCAACGUCUAUUACAACGAGGCAAGCGGUGGGAGGUACGUACCACGCGCUGUCCUGAUGGAUCUUGAGCCGGGAACCAUGGACUCAAUUAGAUCUGGUCCUUUCGGACAGAUUUUCCGACCGGAUAACUUCGUCUUCGGACAAUCCGGCGCAGGUAAUAACUGGGCUAAGGGUCAUUACACGGAGGGAGCUGAACUUAUUGAUUCAGUUCUCGAUGUUGUUAGAAAGGAAGCUGAGAAUUGUGACUGCUUACAGGGGUUUCAAGUUUGCCACUCGUUGGGUGGAGGAACAGGCUCUGGCAUGGGAACGCUUCUCAUCUCAAAGAUAAGAGAAGAGUAUCCAGAUCGUAUGAUGCUCACGUUUUCGGUUUUUCCAUCUCCUAAAGUCUCUGACACAGUCGUGGAGCCAUACAACGCUACUCUCUCUGUUCACCAGCUUGUCGAGAACGCCGAUGAAUGCAUGGUUUUGGACAAUGAAGCUCUGUACGACAUCUGUUUCCGCACCCUGAAACUUGCCACUCCAACUUUUGGAGAUCUAAACCACCUGAUCUCUGCAACCAUGAGCGGUGUAACAUGCUGUCUCCGUUUCCCUGGUCAACUCAACUCCGACCUCCGCAAGCUCGCGGUCAACCUAAUCCCCUUCCCUCGUCUCCAUUUCUUCAUGGUCGGUUUCGCACCUCUCACAUCCCGCGGCUCGCAGCAAUACCGCGCCUUAUCAGUACCCGAGCUCACCCAACAAAUGUGGGACGCCAAGAACAUGAUGUGCGCCGCUGACCCAAGACACGGACGUUACUUAACCGCGUCAGCAAUGUUCCGCGGCAAAAUGAGCACUAAGGAAGUGGACGAGCAGAUGAUCAACGUCCAGAACAAAAACUCUUCUUACUUCGUUGAAUGGAUCCCCAACAACGUCAAGUCCAGCGUCUGCGACAUUCCUCCUAAGGGUCUCUCGAUGGCGUCGACCUUUGUUGGUAACUCGACUUCGAUCCAGGAGAUGUUUAGGAGGGUGAGCGAGCAGUUCACGGCGAUGUUCAGGAGGAAGGCUUUCUUGCAUUGGUAUACAGGAGAAGGGAUGGAUGAGAUGGAGUUUACCGAAGCGGAGAGCAACAUGAAUGACCUUGUGGCUGAGUAUCAGCAGUACCAGGACGCUACAGUUGAUGAGGAGGAGUGUGAAGAGGAAGAGGAAGAUGAAGAGCUCGAGGCUUGAGAUUUUUUAGAUCGUUGAUUAAGUUUGUUUUCGUAUUUUGUGCUGUCUUUGAUUGAUUGUCUGUUGUUUUGGGUGUAAAUUGUAAUGAAAACUAAUUUGUGGGUGAAUCUGUAAAACAGAAGAUGAGGUUUUGCCGUUUUGGUCCUGAUCUUUCUUGUUUCGGUUUAUAUAUAUGGUUAAGGUUUGGUUUUAA